AUGAGGCCCUCCCCUGUCUCCGCCAUCUCGGGGUUUCCGUUCGGCCUGACGAUCAAUGGAAACCUCAACUCCGCCACGGCGAACGCUAUCGACGUCCAUCUGAUGGAAAUCGCCGCGAUCAGAAACACCGCCGAGGUCGACAGCCAAGGCACUGUGCUCGCCGUUGUGACCUUCCCAAAAGACAACGGACUGAGUUGUGCUUGUGACGGGAAGCCGUGGCAGGAUGUCCGCCUUCGCAUGAGCUACGAGAAGCUCGCUAAUCUUGUCUCGAAGAAGAUUCAGGACAUGUUCAGCCCAAGAGCCCAGAAGCGCUUCCGUAGACGCCUUGGCCUCGAGCAUCAACUCCCUCCCGGCGUCGAAUAUGUACUCGACUUCACACCCCCAUCCGAAGGCCCGGAACUGGCCGAUCUCACCGCCGCGCUCUGGCUGCCUCGGGCGGUCAAGCUCUGGUUCCUGGCUGGCCAUUACAUCCCCUCGGCCGUUCUUGAAGCUGGCACCGGGCUCCCGACACGCCCUCUGGCCGACAAGGCUGUUGGCGCCAUGCUGGUUCUCGGCCACGACGAUAUCUGCCAGGGCAGUGCAUGCCUUUCAGAUUAUACCGCGUGGCAACCUAAGCCUGAAAACCCGGGCGUUGUUGAGGAACCCCCCUGCGGUCCGAGCCACAUACCUACGUGGCGGAAGGUUGAGGACUACUGCCCGAUCCGCCAUCGCGUCGCCAUUGUUCGUAUCCUCAGGGCCAUCAACGGCGAAGGUCUUCUUCUGAACUCGGCCGUGCGCAUGUGGACCGUUGCACAGGUUGCCAUCUCGCUGGAAAUUCCUCAGGUUGUGGUCGAUCCCGUCACUCAGUGGCUCGUGGCGCCGCCCAACACAAAGUUCAUUGAAGUCUGCCCGGAAAAGGCCUUCCAGCUGGCCUAUGACCUCCGAAUCCCGAGUGUGCUGAUAGCUGCCUUCAGGAUCCUCGUCAACGAGCUUGCCGUUGACUAUGCAUCGUCGGAUCCCGUACCUGGUCGACCCCAGUUGACCUGGGCCCAGCGUCGCCGUGACGACUACGGCGACUAUCCCUCCGACCCUGUCGAGUACGCCAGCCGUGAAUUCGCAGAGCGCAUGAACGGAAACCUCCAAAUGCUGCAGUCUGACAAUGUAUUCGGCCGUCUCCCGGCCCCCAACCCUGAGUGGGAGAAGCUCUGCUACCUCGGCUCGCUCAUCACUCGCCUUGACAUAUCUCACCCCCUGCACAGGGCCUACGGUAACCUGACAGCCGCCCUCCUCUUUGCCUUCCGCCAGUGGAUCGACAAGGCCCUUGAGUUCGGCUCUUUCUCCAGUCGUGUGCAAGACCUCAUCGAGGCCCAACGGAGCCACUACAUACCUUCCUGGGAGCGUAAGCCGCUGAUCAGCCUCUACUCGACUCUCAACCCCGCCCAAAAAGUUCUCACGCCGUUCUUCUGGUCCAGACUCAACAUUAUUGAGCAUCGGGUCGAGUUCGGCGCCACAUUCUACCGCAGCAACACCCUCGACCGCCAUGUGGAGACCUUCAACACCGAGCUGCUCCGCGCCCUUGCAAACCACACCAUCGUCCCCUCCGAGUCCCACCCCUCCCUCGCUCACCUCGAACCCCCCGUGCUCCAGAAGAUCCAAAUCCAGUUCGGCCUCCCCGAAUUCCACCGCCUGCUCAGCCAGGGCCUUAACAGCCUCUGCGCCUCAUUCCUCGCCACUCACACCUCCUUCGCCCGCGACGCUGACUCCGGCAUCCCCUUCUUCCUGUCAGACCACCUCCUCCUGUGCCUCGACGAGUCAGAGCUCAACUACCUGCCCAUCUGGGCCGGCGGGCUGGACGACGGAUCCGGAGGCGUCUUCCAGCAGGCUAUUCCCGAGACAGACAUGGGUCCCUCAGAGCCCGGGCCGGGGUAUCAUACGGGGUACACCGCUGCGGGAGAUACUACGGCGGGCGCGCCUACCGACGACGCUGAUGUGGAGGAGGGCGACGGGACGACGGUUGUCACUAAGGAUGGAUAUGGCCCCUCGACGAUUUCCGCGCCGUCGGAUCUGGGGUUCGGCGGACUGUCGCUGGGGAAUGGCACGGCGGGGAGGAGUCUGGCGGUGCAGCAGAGCGGUGCCGGUACGGCUACUACGAGUGUCAGUGGGGUCACGCCGCGGUCGGAGGCAUUUACGAUGGACGCGGCAGAGGAUGAGGGCAUGUAUGCUGACGCUAGGUAUGCGCAGCCUGCUGCGCAUCAGGCACAGGGAAUGGCCAUUGAGCAGUACGUGAACGAGGCUGAAAUGGAGGUCGAGGCCGAGGCCGGAGAUGGAGAUUGGAACGGGGAGGUGCAAGGUGGCAUGGAAUUGAGCUUGAGUGGAGAUGAGGAGAUGGACUUUGGCUCGGAUGACGAUGGGGGCUCGACGCUGGAUGAGUUCGAGGAGGUUGAUGCUGACGAGGCGUGUUGA